AUGACCACCGACACGAUACGCUUCGAGGCGCCCGAGGGCCAGUACCUCCAGACCGGCACAUUUGCCCCGCCGCCGCAGCCCAUCAUCAGCAUCGCUCCGCAGGUCUACAGCCAGGCCUUCAUGAGCUCCAUCUACCCCACGCCCCGAACCAGCACCGUCAGCGUAAAGUACCCUUCCACCUCGAAAUCGGCAAAGCACGCCGAAAAGGAGAGGUCGGCCGCAAAGGCGGCUGCCGCCGCCGCCGCAGCCAUUGACUCGAGCAACGGCAGCGACGCCAGCGUAACGGGAGACGCAACGCACGCCAACGGAGGAGCAGGGUUGUCGGUGGCAGACUACCUCGGCUCUUCGGGAGGGCCACUGCUGGAAGCGCCCCUGGCCGCCCAGGGGAUCGAUGCGCCGGCCUCGAGCCUCACCGGUGGCAAUGGCGGGCUCGCCGGUAUCGCCGGCAUCGGCGGACAGGGCAUGGGUUUCGCGGGGCUGGGCGCCACCAUGGGCCGCCUCAGCGCCAAGCCGAGCCGGCCCAAGAACAGCGUCAAAAACACCAGCAGCAACUUUGUCAACCGCAUGGUCACGCACCAGGACCUCGCCAAGAUCCUGGCGCAGCGCACCGAUUACGACUCCUUCGUCUUCCUCAACAACGCGCGCUCCUUUUUCUGGCUCGCCGACACCACGGGCAGGAUGAAGGAGGCGCUGGCGAGGAUCAGCUUCAGCGCGUCGCCCAGCUGCCACGACGUCAACCAGUUCACCCGCUCCCACGACCGCCUCGACAUUGUCAUCGGCUUCGUCACCGGCGACCUGCUCUGGCUCGACCCCAUGUCGUCCCGCUACACGCGGAUCAACAAGGGCGGCGCCAUCACCUCGUCGGCCGUCACCCAGGUCCGCUGGCUGCCCGGCAGCGAGAGCCUCUUCAUGGCCGCCCAUGCCGACGGCACCCUCAUCGUCUACGAUCGCGACCGCGAGGACUCGUCUGACUUUGUCCCGGCAUCCUGGACGCCCUCUCGCAGCGCAGCCGGCGCAGCCCUGCAAAAUCUCCAGCGCUCGGACGGUGCCGACGCAGGCAGGUCAGGCGGUGGCGCUGCCGCUUUCCCGCCUCUCACGCCGACCGGAUCCCGGCCGAGCAUCGGUCAGCGCAGCCUGACCGCAUCCACCAGCACGACUGCGGGCGACGCGAGCGACGGCGCGACGCCGAGCAACGAGCCCAGCACUAGUGUCGGCGAAACGGCAGCGCGGCUGGGUCCGUCGGUCGGGUCAUCGUCCGCCGGCCCUUCGACCGCCAGGACGAGGGCAGGCAGGGUGGGACGGGAGGAUGGCGAACCCCUCAUGCUCGUCACUAAGCCCGGCGGAGUGCCCAUCGCAUCGGGCCUGCCAAGCGGCAAGUCGCGCGGCGAUCUCGGAUCCUACAGCGGCAGCGCCAACGGCCUGUCGGGCAAGGGCAAGGAGACGCCGUGGUCGCGGAUGAACCCGGUCAGCCACUGGAGGCUGUCCAAGUCCAAGGUCACCGACUUUGCCUUCAGCCCCGAUUUCAGCCACGUCGCCAUUGUCGCCGAGGACGGCGUGCUUCGGGUCGCCGACAUCAACUCGGAGCGCCUGCUGGACGCCUUUGAGUCGUACUUUGGCGGCAUCAACUGCGUCAGCUGGUCGCCCGACGGCAAGUUCCUGCUCACCGGCGGGCAGGACGACCUGGUGACCGUGUGGGCGCCGCGCGAGGGCCGCAUCGUGGCGCGCUGCCAGGGCCACACGUCGUUCGUCACCGGCCUCGCGUGGGAUCCGUGGCGCUGGCGGGACGACGAGCGGACCUACCGAUUCGCCACCGUCGGCGAGGACUGCAAGCUCAUCUUCUGGGACUUUUCCAGCGCCGCGCUCAACAAGCCCAAGUCGCACACCGCCGCAUGCCACUCUGCUGCGGCGAGGAGGAGCGCGACGGGCUCGACGUUCUCGCUGCUCGACAAGUCCCGCUCGCCAGGCAACUCGGCGGCAAGACGGGUCAGCGCGAGCAUGGACCGACCGGCGGCAUCGCCCCACACGCUGUCGACGCCGCAGGAGCCUCUGUGGCACCCGCCGUCGCCGCGCAGCGAGGUCGCCAUCCUCCAGCCAGUCGUGACCGCCGACCUCGGGGGCGAGUACCUCACCGGCGUCCGCUUCCGUCCAGACUCGGUGUCGGUGAUGCGCAAAAACGGCAACAUCGAAACCUUUGCCCGGCCUGCGCCGAGACGCGACCGGCUGACGGCGCCCGGCGGCCGCGCUUCCUUGUCGGCCGACCGCAGCCGACUGGCAGAGAGCUGGCAGACGACGGUGGCCCACCUCAACAAGCAGCAGCAGCAACAGCAGCAGCCGCCUGGCGUGGCUGCAGGACCGUUGUCGGCCCCACCAAAGGCGUCGCGCACCGGCGCCCGCUCGCUCGGAUUUGGAGGGCCGAGCGGCGGCGUCUCGCCUGCCAACGCCAAUGCAGGCAUGGCGCGCGCCCACAAUGGCAGCAGCGUCAUGGCCUGA